UGUGAAUCUAGUCCAAUUGCAAAUUUUAUUGCUGUUUCUAAAAGGAGAUACCAAGUGGGUAUUAGGCUGCCCAGAGGGAACAUAUUUCUGACUUCUGGAAGAAAAUCAUCCUUCAAAGAACAAGGAGAAGAAAAAGAAGAAAACAACAGAAAAUAUGCCUUGAAAAGGAAGGUGACUGUACAAUUAUUGAAAAUUUUUGCUUUUAAUAAUGUCUUAUUGCCACAUGUGGUUGUUGACAUUGCUUUCGUUGCAAUGGUUUCUCACUGUACAUGCCUGCCCUUCCUCUUG